AUGGAUAUAAAUUUGGGAGCUGAUGCUGUCGAAGAUGAUUUGGAGAUUAUAGAAAUUAUUGAACAUGGAAUUCCUAGACAAAUUCGUCCAAGAGUGGAUUUAUUCCAGGUGUAUGAUAAUUUACAAUUUUUUCAAAGAUUUAGAUUAACUAAAGAAACCGUUUUGGAUUUACUUCCGCUAAUAGAGCCCUACCUUGAGUUUCCAUAUGAUAUAAACCAUUCAUUGUCUCCAAUGAACCAGUUAUUAAUUUGUUUGUUGGCAUAUUCAUCCAAUAGUCAUAUGAUAAUUAUAUCAGACCUUGCAAAAAUUAGCAAGUCUUCAGUCUCAAGAAUAGUGAAAAGAGUUUCUGUAGCAAUAUCCCGAUUGGCUCCUCGUUUUAUAAAAUUCCCCAGAAAUUUGUUAGAUGUUAAUCAAACAAAAAAUAAAUUUUAUGAUAUUGCUUCUUUUCCAAAUAUUAUAGGAGCAGUAGAUGGAACACACAUAAGGAUUCUAUCACCAGGAGGAGAUGAUGCCGAGGUAUUUAGAAAUCGAAAAAACUAUUUCUCUCUUAAUGUUCAGGUUAUUUCAAAUGCCAAUAUGGAAAUUACCGAUAUAGUUGCAAGAUGGCCUGGUUCAUCUCAUGAUGUAACAAUUUUUAAUAAUUCAAAUAUUAGAAGAGAAUUUGAAAAUAAUCUUCAUAGAAAUUCAUUUCUUCUUGGUAAGGAUAGUGCAUAUCCGGCUAGAGAAUUUUUACUGACUCCACUUCAGAAUCCUAUUACUGAAGCCGAACAACUUUAUAAUGAGGCCCAUAUUAGAACACGGGGUAUAAUCGAGAAACUAUUUGGGGUAUGGAAACGCAGAUUCCCAAUUUUAGCUUAUGGUUGUCGUUUAAAACUACAAACCAUACUUACUGUUAUUGUAGCUACUGCAGUUUUGCAUAAUAUUGCGAGAAAUAUGGGAGAGCCCGAACCCCCUGUACCUGCAGAAAUUGAUGCUCACAUUUUACAGCAGUUAGUAAGGGAAGGUCAAAUACCAGUUGUUCCAAUGGCUAACCAUCAACAAUUUUUAGGUCCACAAGUCAGAAGACACUUAAUUCAAAAUUAUUUUGCAGCAUUAUAA